AUGAAGUUCUCCAACGUCCUCAUGUUCGCUUCCUUCGCCUUUGCUGCACCAGCAGUUGAGGUCAGGCAGCAGACUGCAACUGGCGUUGUGGUCCAGUCCGCACAGACUGUUCUGAACACUGUCAACACCAACGUUGCUGCAAUCCGUGCUGCCCUCAACGGCGUCACUGGCAACGUUGAUGCUCAAGUGCAGGCAACCGUCCGCGCCAACCUCAACGCCAUCAUCGCAGCCCUCCAGACCUCCACCAACACCAUCGUCGUUGCCACUACCGGAGGCGCCGGUGGAAUCAUUGGUGCCGCUACUGGCCUGACCCAGCAGCAGGUCACCGAUCUUGCUCGGGCUGUCCAGAAUACCCUCGACGCCAUCGCCCAGCUUAAUGUCAUCGUCACUGCUGAGGCCACCGAUCUCACCACACCGCUCCGCACCUUUGCCCAGAGUGAGAUCAACGCCAUCCGGGCCGCCCUGAACCCCUUCGUCGCUCCCGUCGUCAACUUUUCUCGUGCUGUCCAGGCAUUCUCCGCCAGAGUUGGCGUCACCGUCACCGGCUUGACCAAUGUUACCAACUCCCUCACCAGCUACAUCACCACCCUUCUCAGAUCGCUCGGCUUGGGCUUCAUUCUUCCCAGCAUCCCUGGUCUCUUUGGCAAGCACUAA